AAUGACAGUCUAACAAUGGAUGAUGAUGAUGUCCCGUCUCUGUCAGCGGAAACAUUCGCUGCUCUUCAAGAAUUUUACUCUGAACAACAAAAGCGACAAGAAAUAAUAAACAAGCUAGAGGCUGAUCAAAAGUUGAAUGAAAAUAUUAUAUUUGAAGAAAAUUGGCAACUGAGUCAGUUUUGGUAUAAUGAGAGUACAAUACAAUCUUUUGUCAGAGUCAUUAAUAAGGUUGUUCCAAAUGGCGGGAAAGUAGCUCUUAUUUCUUGUCCCACAUUAUUUGUACCUACAAAAAGGCAUGUUGGUGAUAGAAUAACAGUAUCCCUAUUAGAGUAUGACAGAAGAUUUGAAGUUCAUGCACCAAAUUUUAUAUUUUAUGAUUUUAACAGCCCAGACAAGUUACCCCCCGGUUUAGAAAAAACAUAUGACUUAGUUGUUGCCGAUCCCCCAUUCUUGUCCGAAGAAUGCAUCACCAAGACAUCAGAGACUAUAAAUUUAUUGGCAAAGGAUAAAGUAGUUGUUUGUACUGGAGCUGUAAUGAAGGACCAUGUCGAGAAGUUAUUAGGUUUAAGUUUAUGUGAAUUUCAGCCACAGCAUAGAAAUAAUCUAGCAAAUGAAUUCUCAUGCUAUUCCAAUUUUGACUUUGACAACAUGUUGAAAUAAAUUAAAGAACAUUUAGUAAAAUAGGACUGUACAUCCAUAAAGUGUAUUAUCAUAUCCGGUCUGGCGCACCCCAGUAUCAGUUCGAUCCAUUUGAUUGUGUAUAACAUAGAGCAGCACAAAAUGUAGGGGACCUAGUGCUCUGUGAACGGCUGGAUCACUUGGUGUUGCGUAGAGACAUUGCUUCAUUGUGUGUCUUCUAGCACAUUUAUCACAGGGAGUGUUCUGAAGAGCUGUUUCACCUGAUUCCAUUCACCAAAUUCCACCUUCGCACGACACCCCACAAAUAAGAAAUAAUCCUCACCAUCUGGAUGUAUGUCCUCUGCAGUGGGUUUUCAUGGAGCUUUCUUGGCUGGUGUUGCAAGAUAAUGUGGGUGGCGGUGAUCACUUAACACCAGGUGACCUGUACACUUGUUUAUCCUCCAUAGAAAAAACAAAGUGUAUUAGACUGUAAAUUGUGAGGAGUUUUUAAGGAUUAAAAUGUGCAAUUAUAAUUAAUGUUUUCUUACAUAUUAUUUUAAUUUAAAUUGCCAUUAGAUGGUGUUACAGCUCCUCAUCUUAAUAUUUAACUGUCACAAUAUUGUGGCAAUUUCAUUUGAUUUGUCGUUAUUAAUGAAAAGAGAAACAUGAUGUAUAUGGGACUAUUUAUAUACACAAUAAAAGACAUAUGAAGUUAAAA